AUGCUGGUAGCACUGCUGUUUGGCUAUGUGCUUAGUCAAACUGAGUCGAAAUGUAAUAAGGAAGCUGAACCCAUGAUUUUGCCGACUGAAAGUGUUAGGGUGGCACUUACAGCCUUCUUAGAAUACAUUCUUGUGUCAUAUCCUUUGGACGAUGACGAUAAGGAGGGCCUUGACAUGUUAUUUUCUAUGACGGAUGUCAAUCAUGUGUCUCAAGUGCCGCAUUAUGGGGUGGUUGUCUAUAAUACGGUGAGCGAUUUGCUCUAUAGUAAGCUAAUAGAGCUGAUGAAAAUACCGAGAAAUGUGACGACACUUUUCAAUCUUAUACCAAGGAUUAUACUUCUGCGCUUCGAGUGUUUGUAUAUUCGUGAGUUUUCGGCUUUGGCAUCACAAGAUGUUUGUGCGGUCUUUUCGAUGCUAAUUCGUGUUAUUGAUGUGAGUAUGCUUUAUAUCUAUGAAGGUUGCCCUUCUCCCAAUGAGUUAAGUCCUUUGUCUUAUAUUAACAAUCAAACCAUUCUUAAGGACAAUGCAAUAGAUCUGCAGAUGGUAAAGGAGGGUGGUAAAAUAGACGAGACAGUUUGUAAGCUUGUUACAACAAUAGCAGUUAACUUCUUUCUGACUUUAAAUCUUUAUGCUAAGUCGUCUAUCUUCAAGGUUAUUCUUAACCUUAAUUAUGAUCAUAUACAUGGCGAUAAUAACUUGACGGAACGCAAGGUCGACCUGGCAUGGGGCGGUGUCAAAAACCAGCGCGAUAUAACACGGCCGGUUACUGCCCACUUUCUGCCCGAGCUUUUACACACUAACACUUACUUAUCUCGACACCUUAUGCAACUUCAAGCCGAACGGCCCAGGGAUUUCUUUGUUUCACUAGAAAUAUGCUUCUACUCCCUAUAUACGCACUAUUGCAGAUUGCAACAGGCAUCUGAAAAGAAUGAAGAGCCUGAAGAGUCCCAAUCAACUAACAAACGCACCAAAUCUAAGGGUAAGAAGAAGAACAAAGUCAAAAAGAAGGCCCAGCCAAAGCCCAGAAAGAACAAAAAGGAUCUAAGUUUAAUAGAUAAGUUGCAGAACCUAGUAACCAGCUUCUCUUUUAACUGUAUGGGCAUUACCUAUAGUCCGUAUAAGUGGGGUACUGAAAAACUGACCGCGGACCAUCUCUCCUUAUUGGUUACAACUAUCGAAGCAAUUUCGUGUCCAAAUAAGCUUGUUUAUUUGCGGGAGUUUGGUUCUGUGGCUAACCCGAUCCCUUCAAUUACAGAGCGUAUCGUAACUAGUAAGAAUAUUAUUCUGGUGUUCUUUAAUUCCAAUGAGAUGUUUGUUAACAGUGUUAUGCGAGGGCUCUUGUCUCCAUGCCUAAAGGUUAGUGUUGACUUUAGUGAUAAAAUAGUUAAUCUUCCUCGGUUUCUCGCUAAUAUGAACGACUUGCAGGAUCACAAUAUAGAGAUAGAUAUCCUUGGGUUGGGCAUGUACCUUAAUCAAGAAGAUCAAGACCCAAAGAAAGUGCUCGCGAAUCUUAAGAGUCUGUUUUCACAUAAAUUAGUGAAUAAUCCGACUAUACCUUUCCCCCGCCCCCCCGUUUCUUUAACAGGAAUGGCCCAACUACUUGUUUAUGGUAAUGCCGAAUAUUGUGAAUCUGCUGCCACACUUGAGAAGUUUCCUGUCGGGGAUGUUCCUGGAACCUACUUCCAGCGGUACCUCUGGACAAAUACCCCACUAGCUGUGCGUCAUUUUCAUUAUAAGAACUACCAGAGGGUGCUUCAAAAUCUUAACACUAUUGAUACACUCUGUAUAGAUUACCCAAAAGUUCCGAUGGUGAUUUUUCCUUGUUGCAUUGACAUUAGGUUUGAGUGUUUCAGCGAUGAUAAAUUAUUUGAGGUGAUUAGAGUGUUCCUUACUAUUGUUCUGCGCAUACGAUAUCGACCCUGUUGUAUCCGAAUGUUUAAAAUCCGAGCACGCGAUUCUAUCUUAAAGGAGUUUCUCGUGUUUGUACAAACGUGUGGAUUCGUGGCCUCUAAAGCAAGCUUUCCUUCGAUCAGCAAUAUGCAACUGAUUCUUAUGGUUGAAUGGGUAGUCCCGGAUUCUAACACGUUUUAUAAGUGGACUUUUAUCCAUCCACUCCAGAACACUGAAAUAGCCCCGGUCAAUUCCGACCCUACGCCAUCUACUAAGCCCCAAUCUGAUUCAGCAACUUCUGAAUCUAUACCUUUGGGCCCAGAGGAAACGAGUUCUCUAAACAAUCCAGUCGUUGUAGGAGCAACUCCUAGCAACACAGCCGAAGAUGUCGGGCCCCAAUCCAAUACUAACACGACACCACCUCAAUAA